CGGCGAUGUCGCAAAAGGCACGUCGCCCCCCCCCCGGCCGUGAAGCGAAGGGAAUCCCUCAGGCGGGCGAAGUUGAAUGGAGGAGGGCGAGCGGGAGGGCACCGCCGGGGGGAGCCCAGAGGAGAGGGGCGUGCCUUUGCCCUCCGCCUCCGCCGGGCGCUCCUAGGAGGCGAAAGAGGUCCCCCCCCUCCCGGCAGAGCAGGAGCCAUGCUCACCGCGGCCUGGCCGGCCAAAGGCAGCGCCUGCUGCGGCUGGGCGCUCCUGAGGAAAGCGAGCCCGGGGCGGUCCGUCAGAGCCGCGGUAGCAGCGGCGGUGGCAGGAGGCGCGAGGUGGGCUUCGGGGUGGGCUCCCUCCGCCGGCAGCCGCCGCCGCUGGAACUCCGGGAGACUGGACCAGCAGCGCCCCUCAUCCUCCGGCCGGGAUGGCGGGCCCCGGCAGAGCGCCGGGUCGUCGGAACAGGAGAGCGCCGGACAAGCGGACCGACCGGAACGCCAUGAACUGUAUGAAAAUCCAUGGACAAUUCCUAAUUUUCUUUCAAUGGCAAGGAUCGGUCUGGCACCAGUUUUGGGCUACUUGAUAGUUGAAGAAGAUUUUAAUAUUGCAUUGGGUGUGUUUGCUCUGGCUGGCAUAACAGAUCUGUUGGAUGGCUUUAUUGCACGAAACUGGGCCAACCAAAAAUCUGUUUUAGGGAGCGCCUUGGACCCCCUGGCUGAUAAACUUCUUAUCAGUAUCCUGUAUGUUAACUUGACAUGUGCAAAUCUUAUUCCAGUUCCUCUUACGUCUAUCGUCAUUUUAAGGGAUGCUGCGUUAAUUGCUGUUGCUUUUUAUGUACGAUAUAAAACUCUCCCUCCACCAAGAACACUUAGUAAAUAUUUCAAUCCAUGUUAUGCACCUGCUCAGUUAAAGCCAACAUUCAUCAGCAAGGUGAACACAGUGGUGCAGCUUGCCUUAGUGGCGGCAUCCUUAGCAGCUCCAGUAUUCAAUUACGUGGACAGUAUGUAUCUUCAGACAUUAUGGUGCAUCACAGCUUGUACAACAACAGCGUCUGCAUACAGUUACUACCAUUAUGGCCGAAAAAUAGUUCAGGUGCUAAACAAAAAAUAAACUUCUGCAGAGGAACUGUUCACCUCAUGUUUGGUCCAUACGGGAAUGUUUAACGAUGUUGCAUUUUAGAGUGUGGAUAAAGAACUCUUUUCAAUGGGUUUGCCUCAUCAAAACCAUGUCUUCACGGUGAAGUUCAAAUGAAGUUUGGAUCAUGUAAAUAUACAGAAUUUUCCAUGUACUUUUUCAAUUUGUUACAAAUAAAAUAUAAUUUUUUUACCUUGGUAUAUUUAAAAACAUAAGGAAAUCACUGAUAUCGUGUAUUUGUCCAUUGAUUUUCAGAAUGCUGCACUUUAAAACAAAACAAAACCAAGGUUGAUACAGUACAUUCUUCAAUACAGCUGGACUGAAAUAAGGUUAAUUGUGGGGUGCUUGUGACAAGCAGAGGCCAAUUCAGUUUCAUUAUCUGUGAGAAGUGAUCCCAUCAGUGCAGCAGAUGGCAUAACAUGUAGGUAUAAAAUGGCAGGUAGUAACACUGCUUUGAACACCAAGAUCCUUAGUUAAGCUUAAAGUAUAAUUUGGUUUAAGCCAUAGAUUAUAUUUUUAUAUUGUUGCUAGGGGCAGUCAGAAUAAAACCUUGAAUAUCCUUUUGCUCAAUGGUCUGAUCCUAGAAUUUGCGGUGUUAGCAUCUAUAAACCUUCAGAAAUGGUAAUCCUGGUUAUGCCAGCACAUUGUGUCUGGUGAUGUUAUUAAGCGACAUUGUAGUCAUGUCAGUGCAAAUCAUUAGAAUCAAAUUUCUGAUUUAACAAGUUAACCCUGAGCCCUAGUGAAAUGUUUCCUUCAUAAAUUAGACAUAAUUAUUAAAUAUGCUGAAAUAAGGGGAGGGGAAAGUGCUGUAGCAUCAUGAUUAAUAAAGAUUUAUGAAUCAGGAUGCCUCUACUUUGAAUGUCAGUUCUUGGUGAGAAGCUCACAAGUUAGGCUGCCUCAACCUUAGGCUUCUAGCCGAAGUAGGGGGAUAAACAUUAUCUUGCAGUUUGGUAAGGUUACAAGAAAGUAACUUGUAUGAAGGAUUUCCAAGAAUUGUUACACAAACAUGAAGAAUUAUAUUUUUAUCAACAUGGGGAGGUGAUCUAUGAAGUCUAAAUUCUAUUUACAUAUGUAUUUUAAGAUAUAACUUUAAGUUCUGUGUAAUUUAUUUGUAUGUCCUUAAUUUUUACAGAUGAGAUGGCUAAUGUUUCUUGUUGCUGAUGCUCUUAAAACUACCCAGUACGGAAUUUUAUAUAACUGUUAUGUGUCAGAGGGAGGAAAACAAUAAAGACUUUAGAUAGUUAACGAGAUGCAUGAACUCAUGGGACAUUUUAGGAUGUGAUAUAGGAAAAGCAAAUCCUUUUUCUUUUUGUAACCUGGACAUUAUUAGGUAACAUUGCUGUCAUGAUAGUUCAAAUCUUGAGAAUCAGAUUUCCAAGUACUGUAUGGUGGCCCAGAUUGAAUACUUUUGCUAUACCACAAGCAAUAAAACAAAGUGGGAGGCACUCGUUACUACAAUACAGUUGUCUUGUAGGAUGAUGAGCAGUCUGCCAGCAGAAAAGGCUGAACAGGAUUGAACAAGUUCAGGCAUCGUGACUAAUGAUGAGAGAAUAUAAACCUCAUGGGCAGGAUUCUGUUAAAAUCCAGUAAGUUGGCAGAAAUUUAGGUGACAUGUCUGAGUAGCUUCCUGUAUGAGCCCUCUGGUUUCUGCAGUUCAUCAGGCAGGCAGGCUAAACCGAGGGAAGUGCUCUUUUGAGUUAACCCUUGGCCUGAAUCAUUGUGCUAAUUAUCUUACUAGGCUGUACAGGUCAGUUUUAAAAUUUCAUGUUUAAACGUUUUUAAAAAUAUGGACAGAAAAACAAAAAAGAUUUCACAGGACUAUUGCUAGGCACACAUAGCAUGUUUUGUGUGUAGUAAACAAGUUCCCAAACUGUACAGGGACGUUAAUUUCUGGACAUUAAUUUCUGCAUGUUAGCAUCUGCUGCUGUCUCUCCAGAACUACUUGGGAAACAAAGCCUGGUGGAACAGAAGGUGAUGGAAUCAGAGAUGGGCAGGUACUGCUGGUUCAGCAGUUUGUGCCAGUUUGUCCUUUGGAUAAACAGGUGUUUGGUGGUUCCCAGCCCUGCCUCAUCUGGUGGGUACCCAAUCUUUGGCAACCCCGGAGGGGGCAGGGUGGAAAGCUGGGGCACUGCCUUUGAGUGGGCACCCACUGGAGUAGGUGGGGCUGCGAAUUGCUGAGACCUGUGUGUCCAAAAGAUGAACCAGCACAAACCAGCAGUUCAUGCCCAUCUUGGAAUUCUCUAUGUGUAUGAAAAAUUAUUAAUGAUUUUGUUUAUGUUUAAAGAUGUAUAAAUGUUAUAAAGUAUACAUUGAAAAGAGUUUUCCUUGAUAAUUUAUGGAAUGUCAUUGUAUUAUAAAAAACAUACUUUUCCUGUAGAAAAAUGUUGAGGAAAGAUGCCCACAUUUCAGUUUAUUAAGAUGUAGAAUAUGAGCUCCAUAAAAGCCACUCAGGUAAAUUCUUUCAGAUGACCAAGUGUAAAUGCAUAUUGGAACAUGUAAGAGCAUUGAACAAUGAAUGGUUUCUGCAGGAUUGUCCACAGUCUGUGCCUCUGCACUUUCCAAAUAAAUCUUGUCAGUUCUUUGACUACCUAUG